ACUUCAAGUAUGAAAUUCUUACAUUUUCUUUGCUAAAUAGGUGAUUUAAGCUUAUUCACCUUCUUUUUUUCUUCCUGACAACCUUAAAUAACCGAAAAUAUAAUUAUCCAUCAAAACCCUAAACUUGACAUCUCUCAAAAAUUAAAUUUCUUACCUUAGAACUGACCAGAAUUGAUAGAUCUACACUUUUUAUAAUUGGAGGCACUGAAAAUUAGGUGAUUUAGCUAGGUUUUUGGAUGAAUUUUGCUUAAGGGAAAAGUUUAGUUAAAAUGGUGGAGGCUCUCGGCUAAAUGAAGAAGAAGAUGAAUAAUUGAUAUUUUUAUAAGCCUAUUGGAUCAAUUUGCCCUUAACCUUUUUCAUAAAUGACUAUUUUGUCCUUAGCCAAAUACCAAAAACCCUUAGCACCACCGUAUAAUUUCAAGUAUGUCAUUCAAUUUUCGUUCCCACUUUGUCCCUUAAUUCCUUCUAAAAUGAGCAUUUUACCCCAUUUGAAAAUUAUUACUCAUUUAGUAGUUUUUUAUAAUUCUUUUUGCAAUUUUUUUAAACAAUAAGUUAUAACAUCUACUUUAGGGGUAAUUUUAGAAGUGAAGUUUACUGACUUACCUGAAUCCGGGUGUUACAUAUAAGUUGAAGGCUGAUCUAUCCUUGCGACAGAAAGAGAGAUUCACACUUGAGCUCUUGAGAAUUGACAUUGAGGAUCUGAACUUGAAUGCUGUUGAGUCUUUAAGGGGAGUUCUUUAUGUGGCUAUUGGUAAACGUUUCUGUGGUCCUGCAACAGAUUUGACUCUAAGAUGUUGCCUGGCCAGACAGGUGAAUCAAGAAAUUGUUGAACAGUGCAGUGGUAAACACCACAGGAGGGAUCUUACAAUAGCAACAUCCCACAUCUUUGCCAUUGGAAACACUACAUAACUUUGCAGAGAUGAUUUCAUAAUGGGCUGACCAUCGGUCUUUCGGCUUCCUGCAGAUAAGAAGUAUUUAUCCAGUUUGGGGAUUGCCCAGGAAGAAUUUCAUGCAAUUACCAGCUGGGCAGUAGAUGCUGGUCAUGGUUAAGAUGAUUUUGAUGUUACUGAUAGCAAAUGAGUUAGGACUCUAUUUAAUGUUUGUUAAUCCAUCUGGAUAAACAAAGUAUAUGUAUUUGCAGUUUGGAAUAUUAAUAAUUUACUUGCAGUUUAGACAAUAAUCCAUCCUCAUGGAUCCAGGUCUGCGAGUGGCUCCAAGGACUCCAUCAUAGCAUAUGUACAAUAUAUAAUUUGGUUUACAGAUAAAUUUGAGAUUUAAACGUCGAUAUAAUUUGGUUUUCUUCCUUGCGAAAUAGACCAACUAGUCCUAGAUUCUUCAUUUGGAUUGUAUGAAGUAACUGCAGCUAUUGUGACUUCCAGCAAACCCCUCCAAUUUCGGCCAUGAAUAUGAUCCUUGUGCUAUCAGGCUACAUUGUAAAACAUAUAUACGACUCGUCGUUCCAUCUUAAAAAGCAGAGCAAAUGUCGUCCAAACAUCAGGCGGGCGUUUGAUUGGUCUGUCUUUUAUAUCAUCACAGCCCGCUAAUAUAUGUGUUAUGUUGAGACCAUCAGUGAAGUCGUCAUUCUAUCGUAAUUUUUACUAGCGGAGUAUGUCUGCAGUGGCAUUUGGCUUUAUUUCAACUCCCAACUCAGUGAGUCUCGGUCUCACUCACCUGUUGCCGCCAAACAAAAGCCUGAUUUUCUUUAACUCGUUGCCAGUACCCACUUACAGAAACUCUUGUUUGUCGAAGCCAGCAUCUCUUAAUCAAGUAUUAUUUUUAAGAGUUCCAUAUGGAUCCGUCAAUUUCCAGCGCAAUUCCUUCUUCACUCCCUCUAAACCCUUUUCUUCUCCUGUCAUGGUGUGGCAGGAUUGCACGGUACGGACUGAAAUUGAUGUGCCGGUUUCGGUAGCUUAUAAUUGUUACUCUGACCGCGAGGCCAUUCCUCGUUGGAUGCCAUUUAUUUCUUCUGUAAAGGUAUUGGAAGACAAGCCAAACUUAUCACAAUGGUCUUUGAAGUACAAGGCUUUUGGCCGUGAUAUUGAAUACUCUUGGCUUGCUAGAAAUUUGCAGCCCAUCCCAAAUCAGAAAAUUCAUUGGAGAUCUCUAGAAGGUCUUCCUAAUAGAGGUGCUGUUCGGUUUUUUCCAAAAGGUCCUUCAUCAUGCAUAGUAGAGCUAACUGUUUCAUAUGAGGUUCCUCAACUUCUAUUUCCAGUUGCAUCUGCACUUCAACCUUUUUUAGAAAGCUUACUCAGAAGGGGUUUGGAACGUUUUGCAAAAGUUGCGAGAAGCUAUUAGAAAAACUCCAUUUAUGAUAUGAUGGCCUCAAUUGGGUAAUUAAACUUUCAGGUUCCAUAUUGUGUCUAAUUCUUUUGAUGUGGAUACUUUUCCCCCUUUUGAAUUAUAACUUUUUUUUUUUAACUUAUGUCUGCAAUGUUUUUAAAUGAAUAGUUACCAAGGCUUCAUAUAA